UUCACACCCAACAAGGGAUGGGCCACAGUUAAGGAGACCCUACCCCUCCCCUACCCAAGGUGGCAGUGAGCAGCCAGGAAACGGAAAUAUUUCUGGCAACCCUAAGAACUUCUCAGAGUCUCCCUAUGUCACCUUCUCAGAGACUCCACCUCUAAAACCUGGUUGUAGGGUAUCAAUAGGGCGGAGUCUCAGAGGGAAAAAAAGGAGCCAAAGAAUGCUUGGGUUCACUCCCAGUUCUUCAGAGAUGUCUCCGCUGCCGCUGCUGGGCCUGCUGUUUCUAAUGCUGCCUAAUUCAGAUCCUGUGUGGGCCAAGCUGAUCCGGGUCCCCCUUCACCGAGUGCACCCUAGACACAGGACCCUGAACCCACUGAGGGCAUGGGGACAGCCAGCACAGCCCCCUAGGCUGGGGAGCCUAACCCCGGGGAACAAGACCGGCUUUGUGCCUCUGUCCAACUACAUGAAUGCCCAGUAUUUUGGGGAAAUCGGGCUGGGAACACCUCCACAAAACUUCUCUGUUGUCUUUGACACCGGAUCCUCCAAUCUCUGGGUCCCUUCCACAAGAUGCUCCUACCUCAGUCUGCCCUGCUGGCUCCACCGCCGAUUUGAUGCCAAGGCCUCCAGCUCCUUCAAGCCCAAUGGAACCAAGUUUGCCAUUCAAUAUGGAACUGGACAGCUGGAAGGAAUCCUGAGUGAGGACAAGCUGACUAUUGGAGGAAUCACAGGUGCAAGGGUGACUUUUGGGGAGUCUGUGUGGGAGCCCAGCUUGGUCUUCGCAUUUUCCUUCUUCGACGGAAUAUUGGGCCUCGGUUUCCCCAUUCUGGCCGUGGAAGGAGUUAAGCCGCCGCUGGAUGCACUGGUGGAGCAGGGGCUGCUGGAAAAGCCCGUCUUCUCCAUUUACCUCAACAGGGAUCCUGAAGGUGCUGAAGGAGGAGAGCUGGUCCUGGGGGGCUCAGACCCCGCCCACUACAUCCCACCCCUCACCUUCAUGCCAGUCACUAUCCCCGCCUACUGGCAGAUCCACAUGGAGCGUGUGAAGGUGGGCACAGGGCUGACUCUCUGUGCCCAGGGAUGUGCUGUCAUCCUGGACACAGGCACGUCCCUCAUCACAGGACCCACUGAGGAGAUCAAGGCCUUGCAUGCAGCCAUUGGGGGUUUCCCCUUGCUGUUUGGGGAGUACUUCAUUCACUGCUCCAAGUUACCAACACUUCCUCUGGUCUCCAUCCUCCUUGGGGAAGUCUGGUUUAACCUCACGGCCCAAGACUAUGUCAUCCAGAUUUCCCAGGGUGGUUUCCGACUCUGCUUGUCAGGGUUCCGGGCCUUGGACGUGCCUCCUCCUGCAGGACCCCUCUGGAUCCUCGGCGAUGUCUUCCUGAGGUCCUACGUGGCGGUCUUCGACCGCGGAGACAGCAGCACUGGCGCCCGCGUGGGCCUCGCGCGCGCGCGCGCUCGGGGGACGGGGCGUCGAGGGGCGGGGUUGCGCGUGCGCAGUUCUCUGGCGAAGGUUCCGGUUCAGCGCAUGCGUACCAGGCACCGCGGAGGCCCUGAUUCCCAAUAAAAAAAUCCAGCGCUUCCAUUGGAAAAACCUACCUGGAUUACCUCUUUUAAUCGCGCGUCUUUUGGAGGGUAAAAGUAGAGCUUGGACCUUUGGAGCUGAGGACGAGAGAAAGGGGAAGCGCAUCGCCUCUCCCCGUAGUACUCGCGAAUGAUGGAUCCAUAUUACAAAUCCCAUGAAGCCUCGGUCCCACCCUGUCCCUAGUCGAAGGCGCCCGCACCGCGG